AUGCCCCCCAAGACCGGAAAGAAGGUGGCGCCUGCCCCUUUCUCUGCAGGCAAGGCCAGCAAGAAGGCCCCCAAGAACCCGCUUCUCGAGAAGCGCAGCCGUAACUUCGGUAUCGGCCAGGACAUUCAGCCCAGGCGCAACCUGUCGCGCAUGGUGAAGUGGCCCGAGUAUGUCCGUCUCCAGCGCCAGAAGAAGAUCCUCAGCAUGCGCCUGAAGGUCCCCCCUGCGCUCGCCCAGUUCCAGCACGUUCUCGACAAGAACACCGCCGCCCAGGCUUUCAAGCUCCUCAACAAGUACCGCCCUGAGACCAAGGCCGAGAAGAAGGAGCGUCUCCUCAAGGAGGCCACCGCCGUCAAGGAGGGCAAGAAGAAGGAGGAUGUCAGCAAGAAGCCUUACACCGUCAAGUACGGUCUCAACCACGUCGUCGGCCUGAUUGAGAACAAGAAGGCUUCGCUUGUCCUGAUCCCCAACGACGUCGACCCCGUCGAACUUGUCGUCUUCCUUCCCGCCCUCUGCCGCAAGAUGGGUGUCCCUUACGCCAUCAUCAAGGGCAAGGCCAGGCUCGGUACCGUCGUCCACAAGAAGACCGCCGCCGUCCUCGCCAUCACCGAGGUCCGCUCGGAGGACAAGAGCGAGCUUUCCAAGCUCAUCUCGGCCAUCAAGGAUGGUUACUUGGAGAAGUCGGAGUCUGCCCGCAGGCAGUGGGGUGGUGGUAUCAUGGGUUACAAGGCCCAGCAGCGCGAGCUGAAGAAGCAGAAGGCUAUCGACUCGGCCAUCAAGGUCUAG